GAAAAUAAGGGAACCGCGGGAGGGGAUUGCGCACCAAAAAACCAUCGCCAUUGCUGUGUUCUUCGUCCGCUCCAAAUCCCAUUUGCAUGGCGAAUAAUUAGUACAAACAGAAACGCAGGAAGAAAAGAAGGCGGCAGAAGAAUCAGAGAAACUCUUCUAAUUGUCGCCGGUUCAAUUCCAUUAAAGCCCGGAUUCUGAAUCAUCGUAAAGGCGCGACCUAUGCUUGACGUUUCCCGCGGACAAUUUCUGAUCUCCCUGCGUACCCUUUUCCAUAAUCACCCAUUGUUACACCUGUAAAGGUCGGUUCUUUGGUUCUCUUGGAUAGCACCGAUCUUGAACAUUGCUUUGAUUCUCUUGGAAUUGCGUGUGGGGGGUAUGAAUAUGAUCAAUUCUCCAUGAUUAUGGAGCGAUGAAAAAGAUUGAUUCUUUGUGUGGUUGUUACAUGCUUUGUCCUUAUCGUGUCGUGCCCUUUUAUGGAUUUCCCAUUAAAAAAUUCACAAUAUGGGAUCUGUCUGGUUGUGGCUGCUUGGAAUUUCCUAUGCUCGUCUCCGUCUGUUGCCUUUCAUCUGGAUGGAAUUUGGAGGUUAAAAUUCUAGCUAGAGAACUUUGUGGGGCCCACACAAUCUAUGGCUUCCGGAUUGAAAUUGGGUCAACUGGUUCAUUAGGCCAUUAGUCUUCAUGUCACAUUUUGGCUUGUGAACCGCAAUGCUGCUAUGGGUUCUUCUCUUGAUGUUUUUUCUUUGUCAAUGGCUGCUCUGUUUACAAAUUGGCAGUGUUGAGCAGUGAUGGAGAACGUAUCAGAGAGGGCAUUGUUGAAGCAUCUGCAGAAGGAGCAAGAGAGGGAGAGGCGGCGGAUAAGAGACAGGCAGCGGAGGCAGUCGAUGAGCGCUGAAGAGAGGGAGAGGCAUCUAGCUAGGCGGCGGAGGAACUACCAGCUGCGGAGGCAAAGAGCUGAGAAUGCUAGGCUUGAGCUUCAGCUCAAUCAACAAGCCACGGCGGCUCUAGCAGCAGCUAGUGGUGGUGGUGGAGGAGGAGGAGACAUUGCCAGGGUUGUUGAACACCAACAACAACAUCAGCAGCAGCAACAACAGAUUUUGUUGUCUGUUCCUGAAGCUAGUAAUAGUGCUCAUUUCAAUGGCUUGGCUUCAAAUGACAUUGUUGUUGAUCCAAUGCAGGACAGCUUCAAAGCAGCAUAUGCAAAUCCUGUUGCUUUGGAAGUUGCAGCUCAUGAAUUGGCCAAACUUCCCAAACAGCCAAGAAUAAAGCACAUAAAGCAACUUGCAAGGUCUCUACCUCGUGGUCACCAUGGGAAUGAUAACAACAGAAUUGCAAUCGACCUACUAAUCAAGACCAAUCCAGCACUCAGUUGUCUGCUGCAGCAAAAGGGUAUCAGAUUCACUCGUCUCAAGAGGAUCGCGAGGUCCUUACAUUCUGAUGCAAAGAAGAAAGCUGGAGAUCAGCUGCAAAACAAAACAGUAGAACACAAUCAGCCUGAAGUUCCUCAUCCAGACAAUGUCAGACAAGAAGAACCUUGAAUAUCAAGUAAAGGGCAACUCCUUUUACUCAGCCGUGUCUUCAGGGAACAUUUUACACCAAGAAGUUCUGAUUAGAAACAUAUGCCAAGGUUAUUUUUUUCUUUUUUUUACCUAGUUUCUUCAAUCCUUUUAAAUUUUGGACAUAUUCUGAGUUUAAACCUUUUGUUCUGCAGAAUUUUGCAGGAAACUGAAGAGAAAGCAUGGAUAAGUUUUUUUUGUUAGGAAAUUGAAAUGUAGGGAUUGGGUAGUCAAUAACUUUUUUUACGAGCA